ACAAAGUAAGAAACCAUUCACCAUAGCGGAGGAUUUGGUUCUGCCUGCUGCUGUUGAUAUGUGCCGUGAGAUGAUCGGAGAGGCCGCUGCAAAGAAGCUGCUGACCAUCCCACUCUCAAACGACACUGUGAGUCACCGUUAAGAGGUGGCGGUAAUGCCCCACGGCACCGAGGGGUAAACUGCCAAUAAACAAAAAGAAGAAGAAGAAGAAGAAGAAGAAGAAGAGGAGAUACGUCGAUUGUGACGUCAUGACGUUGUUGGCGGGACGUCUUACGCCUGCUUUCUAUUUUCAACGCAGCGCGGGAGAUUCGGAGAACGAGGAUCAACAUUGAAAACCUUUUAAGGAGACUUUUUUGUAGAAAUGCCGUGUGAAAGGAAACCUAUGCGGUAUGGACAUUCAGAGGGACAUACUGAAGUCUGCUUCGAUGACACUGGGAAGUUCAUGGUGACAUGUGGGAAUGAUGGAGAUGUACGUAUAUGGGAGAAUCUGGACGACGAUCCAAGGUUCAUCAAUGUUGGCGAAAAAACGUAUUCUUUGGCAGUAAAGAAUAAGAAGCUUGUGACUGCAACCUCCAAUAACACAGUGCAGGUUCACACGUUUCCUGAUGGUGACCCGGAUGGGAUCCUUACCCGGUUCACUACUAAUGCCACACAUGUCACAUUCAAUACCAGUGGAUAUAGAGUCGCUGCUGGCUCCAGUGACUUCUUGAUUAAAGUGGUGGACGUGUCAGACAGCAGUCAACAGAAAACCCUCCGGGGCCAUGAAGCCCCUGUGCUCAGUGUUACCUUUGACCCCAAAGAUGAGUUCCUGGCAUCUGCCAGCUGUGAUGGCUCAGUCAUUGUGUGGAACAUUGAAGAGCAGUCUCAGGUGAUCAGCUGGCCUCUGUUGCAGAAGACCAAUGAUGUCAGCAAUGCAAAAUCAAUAUGUCGCUUGGCCUGGCAACCUCGCACAGCAAAGUUUUUGGCAGUUCCUGUGGAUACUAGGGUUCACCUUUACAAGAGAGGCUCCUGGGACCAUGUGAGCACUCUGUCUGAUGAUUUGCCGACUCAGCCCAUCAAUGUGACUGCAUGGUCCCCAUGUGGACAAUUCCUGGCAGCUGCCAGCGUGGCAGGGUUCAUAACAGUGUGGGACAUUGAAAGCAAGUUGUGUGUCGAAAGGCAGAAGCAUGAGAAGGGAUUCACGGUGUGCAGUUUAGCUUGGCACCCUUCAGGCAGUCAAAUUGCUUACACUGACACUGAAGGCCACCUAGGCCUUCUGGAGUCUUUCAGCCCAUCCAUCUCUAAAACAACCAUGCCCAAGGUGACUGCAGAGAAAGAAGAGAAAGGCUAUGAAGCUCUAUUUGAUGACGAUGAUGAUGAUCAUGUCAUGGAUGAAGGAUGGAGUGAUGCCAACUCCCCUUCAAAGAAAGCUGCCAUUGGGAUCAAUAAAGAUGAGGAUGAUGAUGAUGACGAUUUCAUCAUACCUGCGACAGGGCGGGUGAAGAACAGAGGAGCUGUCCUGGAUGAUGAAAAUUCACUCGAUUCCGGCUCGCUAAAGCUUGGUCAAGCUAAGUUUGAUGGCGAUGAUGAUGAUGCUGACAGUGCCAUGAUGAAUGCAGCAACUAUGCCUGCGACUUUGAAGCCUAUCUAUGAUGGGCCACAACCGACGCCACCUCAGAAAGCUUUUCAACCAGGCUCCACCCCUAUCCAUCUCACUCAUCGCUUUAUGAUGUGGAACUCUGUGGGGACAGUGCGAGGCUACAAUGAUGAGCAAGACAAUGCGAUUGAUGUGGAGUUUCAUGACACAGCCGUACACCACGCCAUGCAUCUCACAAACACGCUGGGCCACACCAUGACUGACAUUUCCCAGGAGGCCGUGUUACUGGCCUGCCCCAGCACGGAUGAGCUUGCAAGUAAAUUACACUGCCUUCACUUCUCAUCCUGGGACACCAACAAGGAGUGGAUGGUUGACCUACCGAAGGGUGAGGAUGCAAGGGCAUUGUGUCUUGGUCAAGGCUGGGCGGCAGUUGCCACCAGCACCCUGAUGGUCAGGCUUUUCUCCAUCGGAGGAGUCCAGAGGGAAAUAUUCAGUCUCCCAGGAGCUGUCGUUUGCAUGGCAGGACAUGGAGAGCAGUUGUUGAUUGUCUACCACAGAGGCACAGGUUUUGAUGGAGAACAGGCACUGGGUGUGCAGCUAUUACAGUUUGGUCGAAAACGGAAGCAAAUCAUCAAUGGGGAACCUCUACCAAUUUCGCCUAAAUCCUACCUAUGCUGGCUCGGAUUUACUGCUGAAGGCACUCCCUGUUAUGUUGAUUCUGAGGGGGUGGUACGAAUGCUGAAUCGCUCCUUAGGUUUCACAUGGACACCAGUUUGCAACACGAGAGACACGUGCAAAAGCAAAUCUGACCACUACUGGGUAGUCGGGGUUCAUGAGAACCCUCAGCAACUCAGGUGUAUACCAUGUAAAGGCUCGAGAUAUCCCCCAACCUUGCCCAGACCUGCUGUGGCCAUCCUGCCCUUCAAGUUGCCUCUGUGUCAGACUACCACUGAGAAAGGACAGAUGGAGGAACAGUUUUGGCGUUCAGUGCUCUUCCACAACCAUUACAAUUUCCUGUCCUCCAGUGGCUACGAAGUAGAUGAUGUCGGACAGAAUCGGUCUCAAAAAGAGCAGCAAGAGCUGCUGAUGAAGAUGUUUGCAUUGUCAUGUAAACUGGAGAGAGAGUUUCGCUGCAUAGAGUUGGCGGAAUUAAUGACUCAAAAUGUCGUGACGCUGGCCAUUCGCUACGCUUCUAGGUCCAGACGCAUGGUCCUUGCACAGCGGCUCAGUGAAAUUGCUCUUGAAAAAGCCAGUCAAAAUCAGGAUGACGAACAGGAAGAGGAGGAGGAAACGGAAAACUCUGAAAUUAGGCGAACUUCAUUGGGUUCUAACCAGGCUGUGGUGAAAGAAAAUAGUCACCACAGACAGGUGCAGGAAAGCAAACCGGACCAAGAGCUUGAGGAGCAAGAGGAGGAACAGGAAUUGGAGUAUGAAGAUGAAGCAGAAGCCCCGAAGCGUGUAAACCCAUUUGCCAAAGUGCCAGGAUCACCUUCAAAGCAAGCUCCCCCACUCUCCGGCAAAGGUGGCCGUUCAAACCCUUUCAAGGUUCUUGGUUCAGGGAAGUCCUCAACUCUGUCUUGUCAGCCUCGAGUUGCAAACAUCCUGGACAACAUGACGUCCGGCAGGAAGUCAGCUCCACUAGGUGCAUCUGCAGGGAAGUCAAACAAAAGCACCAUCCUCAAACCACUCCCCCCACGAGCAAAGACAAAGGCUCAGAGCACUCUCCUGCAGAUGACCGGUGGGAAAACAGUUGUUAAGAAGACUCAGGAGAACAUAGAGGUUGGGGAUGGUCAACAGAAGCAAGAAAAUCUCCCAACUGCCCCCUCACCAGCUGAUAACUCUGAAACUAAGAGACCAAAAACAGGCUUCCAGUUGUGGUUGGAGGAGAACAGGAAGAAUAUCAUAGCGGACAACCCUGACCUGGAGGAGACAGACAUAAUCAAGGAGGCAAUGGGGCUCUUCAGGAAUCUUACAGCAGAGGAGCGUUUGGCAUGGACUGAGCGAGCAAAAGGCCCGGCUGGCAUCGUGGAUCCGAAGAAAAGAAAACGAACCGAAGCAAACGAAGGUGUAGAAAACGAAAUUGUGGAGACAGUAGCAGAUGAAAACAAUGCCAAGAAGAAGAAAGCACUGGAUCCUUCUUCUAAGCUUUCAGCAUUUGCAUUCAACAAGAACUAAAGUUUGACAUGUUGGUUUUAUUUUGAACUGUUUGUGUCUUUUUAUUUUGUUAAACAAGUUCACUGUGUCAAUGUUCACGUUCGUUGAUUAUGGUUCAGGUUUACUCAUGAGUUACAAUAAUUGUUUAUAAAUUCACUGUGUUAUAAAGUGUCAUUAUAGUUGUUCUGAUGAUUCAAUAAAAAAUUCAGUUCCAUAGCUGCGUGAAUGGAAAUAUGCGAGGCUCAUCACCCAUGCACACAGGGCGAGGCAGAAGGAUGUCCCACGAAAGCACCCCAACUACACGCCAGGAGGGCUCAAAAUACCUGGGUUAUUCCAGUAUUGCAUGAGAUUUUAAAUUCCACUUUUCAAAUCUGAAAAAAUCCACAUAUAAAAUAAUGGAAUGCACAGUUUUUUUUAGUAAAUCUGCUUUUCCUCAAACCCCCCCAAAAAAUGAAGCGACACAAAUUAAUGAAAGUAUAUUUGUAUUUCAAUGACAAGACUGGAAUGCUGCAUAAAAUGCCAUUUUUUUCAUCUUACCUUCGAUAUUGACCAAUUUGAAUUUCAGGUAAAAUUGUUAAAAUGAUGUUUCAUAUUUUACAUAUUUGUUUCAUUGCCGUCUCUCGACAUUUGUGUGAAUAAUAUUAUUUCAAACGUCAAUUAUUAUUUGAGGAACGUGUAUUCCACAACAUGCAUUCAACCCUGUUAACAGAUUUUUUUUUUUUUAAAUCACCGUAUAAGUAUAAUAAUGCAACG